UCAAAGAACCGUUAGGACCGGUCUCCGCUCAAAUGCGGAGGUAAAUAUUUCACGAACAAACGAAAAUUAACGGAAUAUGAGUGUUCUAGGGAGAUUCCGUACACCAUGCUCGUGGAGUGGAGGCUCCAAGCAAGUAUCCGUAGACGCGGUGAUUCCUCUCUUCGCAGUGCCAAUUUUGGCAGUAGUCGCAGCUCAGACACUGCUGUGUACUAUUCUUAUCUUUUUAGCGACUCCUCUUUUAGUAUAUUAUCUCCAUCAUAAUUUCCUGCGGUUCCUACUACGAACCAAAUUUUUCCUUGUAUGGACUAUCGUCAGUGUGUUAAUGUUGUUGCUAGUCUUCGAGAUCUGUGUUGUACCACUCCUAGAGAUCUUGCCAGAGGAGAAUUUCGUAUUUGUAAGCUAUGUAGUUGGAGGAUUAUGGUGUGGUUAUAAGACGAGGUUGAAGGCAGAUCAUGCCACCCAGGACAGUAUCAUCGCACAAGGUCUGGAAUUAGGAGAGGGGAGUGGAGAAUUGUGCACCUCGUGCAGAAGACGAGCACCUCCUAAAGCUUAUCACUGCCAUACGUGUCAAACCUGUAUAUUGGGCAGAGAAUACCAUUGUAAAUGGCUUGACUGCUGUGUGGGAUCCGGCAAUCUUCGAUGGUACCUUGGUUGUUUGUUUUUCUCAGGAAUUGCAUUUAUUUAUGGGUCUUAUUUAACUAUAACAAGUGUUUGUCAUCCUUUCAUAUUGAUUGGAACCAUUCUUUUACCGGAUGACUGCAGUGAGGUAUAUUACCAGCUUGACCUUGCUCUUUGCUUUGUCUCAGCAAUCUAUAGUCUACUUGCUGGCCUAGUCAUGUUCAUUUACUUUGUUUAUCACCUCUGGCUCAUUUACCUGGGAACCACGUCAAACGAACAACGACACUUAGUGAUUGGAAGUCGUUACGAAGAAGGAAUGCUAAAGAACUUAUCUCGAUUAUUCUGCUGCAAGAGUUAAGUGUCAAUUUUAAACUAGAUUAUUGACUCUAUGGGUCUUGGACUUCUUUACUUUGUCUGAAAUAGGAUUAAUUAUCUGACUGAUUCGAGCAAAGCCAAUCGAUAAGCCAAUGAAACAAGGUUAUUCGAUACCUAAUCAGGAUAAAAAAGAUUAUUUUUGUAUUCUUUUAUCCCGAUCCUAAUCGAAUUGUAUAUAUGGUGCUGUUAAGUUUAGGGGAAUUUCGUCAUCUCUUGUUUACAUGCCCCUUACUAAUAAAGUAUUAUUGAAAAGAUCUGAAUAGUGACAUAUCAUGAGGCAGCUUAACUUAGUUACAUUUACUUUCUGUACGUUUUUGUGCAUGCACAAAAGUAUUUAUUCUACCUGUGAUAAAAUGGCCACUGUAUGUUAAACAAUGAGUAAUAAAUUGUACAAGUCAGUUGAUAA